CUGGUACUUGAGCCCCCCCUUCCCGAUGUUCCCGAAGACCAGCAUGUUGUCAGAGAGGCACAGUGUGUCCCCCCACCCCAUCGCCCAGGGCCUGCGGACCCUGCGGAGUAUGGCUGGCAGGGAGGCCCGGGGCUUGGAACAAAGGUUGCACCAGGCCCCACAUGGUCUCGGCAAGUCAGCUCUGGCCACCAGCUGCUCCAGGAAGAUGAAACCGCCCAAGGCUGUCCCCAGCCUCAGUGGCUUUGCAUCUGAGAUGGCAGCACUGAGGAAGGCGUUCCUCAUGCGGCCCAGCUGCCCCCAGUUCAGCACUAAGGCGACGUCCGUGUCCCAUCUGGGCUCGGGAUCCUCCAUCCACCUGCCCAGGGUGUUGGGCAGCUGCUCCAAGGGCCAGAGGGGGACAGAGGACUGGCUGCUGGAGAGGCGGGCCUCGGACCGAAGCUCAGAUGGGCGCCCCCUCCUGGGCAGCAAGAGUGCCUGUGAGCUGGGCAUGUGGAGGAGGAGCUCGCUCCAGAUCCCCAGUCCUGCGCACAGCUGGUGGGUCCCUGGCCAGAAGCUGCCUUGGUACAUCUCCAUCAUCCAGGAGAAGGACCGCUCCCUGCUAUCGCUGGGAGAGGAGGUCCAGCGUUUCUCCAAGCUGGAGACGCAGGUCCAGAAGAAAGACCGGGAAAUCCAAAUGCUGCAGAGGGAGAUGGAGGCCCUGCAGAAGCAGCUAAAAUGCAUCAUCCGAAGUAAAGGCCUCGAGACACCGCCGCUCCUGUCCUGGAGGGAGUCGACCUGGGAGAAAGUGGGGCCACUGCUGGGGAGGCUGAGCCUCCUGAGGACCACCCACACUGACCAGGAGGAUGAGCUGCAGCCGGAGCAGAUGCAAGGAGACGACACCCUGGCUGAGCUCGGUAGGGCACUGUCCCUGGAGCUGGGAGGUGAUGAGGAGGACCAGGGCCCAGGCACAGAGCCUAAGACGGCCAGGGAUGCUGGAGCAAGGGACAGUGCCGGCAGGUCAGGGUCUGUGCAGGAGGAGGGUGCAGAAGAGGAGGAGGAAGAGGAGGAGGACGAGAAAUUGGAAGAGGAGGAAGACGAGGAGGAGCUGCCCCAGGAAGGGGACAGCAGCUGGGGACGGGUGUUCUCCAUGACCGAGUCCUUUGAGGACAAGCUCCUGGCCCAGCUGGAGGAGUACGAGCGCACGCUGCUGGGGUUCCAGGGCGAGCUGGAGGCCCUCCGGCUCAAGUACUGCCUCGCCACAGGAACCAUCGUGUCCUUGCAACGGCAGCUGACUUGUCAAGAGUCCCAGAUGCAAAAGGUCAGCUCCCAGAACGAGGCGCUGCACAAGGAGCUCCGCGAGCGGAAGCAGCAGCUGCAGGCCAUGUCCAGCAAGGUGCUGGCCCAGCAUACCCCAGGCCCCCACAGCCCCGAGGCCCUGGUCUACUUAGUGAUGGGGACCUGGCCUCAGGGCAGCCAUGCGGCUGACAGGCUGAACCUCAAUCCCUGCCAGGCCUAUGGGAGGGCCUUGCUUCUGCGCCUCUGCUGCCCUCUGUUCCUGUCCCCUGACCACAGUGCCCUGGCCACUUCCCCACAGCCCUGGGCCUGUGCCAGCUCCAGGUUCUCCAGACUCCGGGAGGAUAAGAAGCACCAGGAGGUGAUGGGGCUCAUCGAGAUGGACAACCUCGGCCUUCGCCAGCACACGUCAGGCCUGGAGCGGGAGCUUGCGAAGCGGGAUGUCACCAUCGCGGAGCUGACCGCCAAGGUCAGCCAGCUGCAGGCGCAGGUCAGCUUGGAGCAGGAGCACAAACAGCGGUGGCGACAGCUGCAGGAGGACGUGCAGGGCAGGCAUGAGUCCAUGCAGCAGGCGGAGCUGCAGGCCCAGGUGGCCCUGGAGAGCACCCAGGCCAGGCUCGAGCGGUUGAGGGACAAGAUCAUGCAGGCGGCCUUCAGCGUCACGGGGGUGAGGGCACUCUCUGUGGAGAUCUCCGACAGCGACAUUCUGGAGGCCCUGCAGAGAAUCAUCUCAGAGAGGAAUGACUACUACCACCAGCUGAAGCAGACCGGGGCCAAGGUGCACCCCCCGCAGCAGGUGGAGAUCCUGCCCAGCAAGUCCAAGAAGACGCUGUCCAAGUAGGCUGGUGGCUGGAUGUGGCCGCAUGGGGAGCCAGCCCCUUCCCAUGUCCGACAGAGGAGUAAACCUGGUGUCUUCACCUCUUCCUCUCUCUGUACCCGGGCCUGGGCAUGCGCACUCCAGAGACUGCUGGGAGGAGCAGCACACUAACCCAGGGUCCUUGUUCCUUCCGUGGGGACCUAGCUGAUCUGGGUCCCCUCCCGGCUCCCAGUCCCGAGCUCACACCCACCAGGGGUGCCUCCUGCUAUGGGGCUCAGAUGGUCAGGCCACUCCCUUUCCCGCGGGACCCUGGGGACAGGUGUGUAUGGGGGGGCUCCUCCCACCGUCCUCUGCAGCAGCCCUGACUGUUGAUCCAAGAACGUCCUGCGGGACCCUAGGCUCCCGCAACAAGAAGCUGCACGGGGGCCAGUGGCAGGUGCCGGCCGGUGGAGGUCGGUCAAAGGGAGGAGUGCAGCGGAGUGUGAACCAGCCCGGGCCUCCUGGGGAGUCCUGCGCGCUCCAGGGAUCAGGGGAAGGAGGGGUUCUCUGCAGACCCCGCUGGCUGCCCAUCCUUCUCCACCAAAGGGUCAGGGUUGCCCGGCCCGGCCUGGCUGAAGGUGGUGUCCCGCCCUCUAGCCAGGGACCUGGGCCAGGGCUGCAGUUGCGAUCCCCG